AAAGAAAUCGAUGCCAGAGUAUAUCACUUGGCAGUCUGAUAUUUUCAGAGCUAACUAACCAUGCUGGCCUCUUUCAAACUGGUUGUUCUCCUCAGCGUCGUGGCUUUGGCUUGCGCUUGGCCUCAGUUUGGCAGUAGCAGCAUAACGACUGUCCCGACAACCAGCACCGUCCCGGCAAAGGAGAAUAGCCAAGGCCAAACUUCCAAACUCGACUGUUUUGACCACAGUAUUAUCCGCAAGACCUGGGACCAGGCCAAGAAAAAUGGCGAAUUCGCUCCUCGGGUUCUUCUCCGUUUCAUCAAGGCCCACCCCGAAUACCAGCAAAUGUUCGCCAAGUUCGCCAGCGUCCCUCACUACAAUCUGCUGAGAAACGGCGAUUUCUUGGCCCAGGCUUACACCAUUUUGGCCGGUUUGAACGUCGUCAUCCAGUCGCUGUCCAGCCAGGAACUGUUGGCCGCCCAAUUCAACCUUCUUGGAAGUGCCUAUCAACCUCGAGGAGUUACCCCUGCCAUGUUCGAGGAAUUUGGUGUUAUUAUUGAGCAAGUUCUGGAAGAGACGCUUGGAAGCACCUUCAACGUUGAGGCCAGAAAGGCCUGGAACAAAGGAAUGGUCGCCAUAAUCGCUGGCAUCUCCAAGACCCUCAAGAACCCCGAAGAUUUGGCUGAUGCCCAUUCUAAUUUGUCCCGUCACCAGAUCCGCAAUGUCCAAAGGAGCUGGGAAAGUAUGAAAAGCGGCCGCAAUUCUUUGGUCUCCGCCAUCUUCAUCAAGCUCUUCAAGGAGACUCCGCGCGUCCAGAAACAUUUCGCCAAGUUCGCCAAUGUUCCAGUCAACUCUCUGAGAGGCAACGGCGACUACAUCCAACAAGUGGCUCUCGUCGCCGACCGCCUGGAUACCAUCAUUUCCGCCAUGGAUGACCAAUUGCAGCUUUUGGGCAACAUCAACUACCUGAAAUACACUCACGCCAAGCGCUCCAUUCCUCGUAAAACUUGGGAGGACUUUGCUCGUCUGCUCGUGGAACUUCUCCCUACCAGGGGCGUUUCCGCUCCCGAUGUGGAAUCGUGGAAAGGUGUGACUGCCGUCUUUGUCAAUGGAAUCGCUCCCACCCAGAAUUGAAUUUCUUACGACAUUUGAUCCCGCACUCGACUAAGAAGAGAUGUGAAAUAAAAAAUUGGUUUAUUACAAUUUGCUUACAGGAUAAGUAUGAAAUGGAACCAAUUUUGUGAAUAUCUAUACUUUCUCUGCAUGUCAGACAUUUUUUAUUACUUUUAAUUUUAAAGCGGAAAUAUAUAUUGAUUAUCAUGGAA